ACGAGUCUCGUCUAACGAACCUAGUGUUUGUCGUAAACACACAGCGAGUGAAUGCAUGACGCGUGCUUAGUAUUGAAAAAUUGGCGUCAUACUCCGGUAAAACGGUAACGGUACUGGAUCAAGGUUCAGAGACGUCAGGUAGUUUUACUUUCCUUCCACACUCGGAACGUAAUUAUCAGUGUAACUAGGUCAGUUUACUAUAUACCGUUAUAGUUAUAGCCUCGUGUGAUUAUUGUAGUACCGUUUUACAGAGCGAGCCAUGUGUUGGCAGGUAUAACUACGUGUACUGUUUUAUUAUACCCUGGUUUAAUCACUUACAACACACAGUCUAGAAUCAGUAGGAUAUAUAUACCAGGGAUAUAGGAAUAGUAGAAGAUGGAAGCAGAUACCUGAUUUAGCUUCAACUAACUGUCUUAGCCCGAGUCGAGACCACUAAUACUUGUCCCAUGAACAGUUCUUAUGUUGUAUCUCUGUAGGUGCACGUAGCUAAUACAUAGUUUUCAAAAUGUGUUUGGAUCCUUACGAUAAAAGUGGGGCUCGUGUAGCUAAAAGAAGUUACCACGAUUGGAUUUUACCUGUGAAAGCUGUUCUUGGAAUCUUUAUAUUUGGAUGCAUUUUUCUUUUCAUCGGAAUCGUGUUGCUAGUCGUCGGUGGCGCUAAGGACCCAGGUGGUAUUGGUGCUGCCGGGAUUGUAUUAGCUGGUAUAGGAGGGUGCUGUUUAUUAAUCGUUAUAUUUUUAAGUAUACAUGCUUAUUGUAUUUGGUAUGUUCGGGACCAAGAAACGCAAACUUCGGAAACGAUACCCCCUGCUGAGAUGAUAGAAGUAGAAAUACCUGGUUAUGCUACAAUACAGAAACCAUCAUCGUUAAAACGUAAUGGUAAACCAGGUAACAAGAAAGUUACCUUAUCACCAGACGUGCAGACGUCCGAUAAAGACUUCUUCUCUCAGUCCCAGCCACAACAAGCCGCCAUCCAUGAUACUUCCACAUUAACCCCAGGUUACCCUCGCGUCAUCACAUAUAUACCACCAGAGCAAAGACAGAAUGCACCCGAACCCUUAUACAGCAGACCUGGGAGCAGACAAUCGGAUAUCCCUAUUUCAGAACCAUAUAGAACCUACCCUGCCAAUAUCCAGAAACAUCCGGCACAAUCUCCCCAGUACUUGCCAGAAGCUCCCCAAUAUCCCGCGCAGUUGCCAGCUCACGUUCGCUAUGGAUCCUUGCCACCUACUCAUAUACUCAACCAGACGUCUCCAACUUCAAAAUACGGCUCGCUUCCACGCGACAAUUCGCCAAAAUUUCCGGUAGAGAUAAAAGACUUCAGGACGUCCACGCCUGUAAAAAGCUCCAUGGACGAGAAACCGUUAUAUACCCCAUCACCUGUUCCCCAGUCUUAUUCAACCUCCAUGCAGUAUACACCACGACAGCAGCCCACCGUUUACAACCAGGCCAAUACUUACAAAGUUCAAACCUAUGAUAUUGCUCAAACGAAAUAUAUUUCAGACGAAGAUUAUGAUAAUACUGUCGAAUCCACGCCUAUGCUUCACACACCACCGCAGCAAAACCAGGGGACAUGGAGACAGUUGCCGGUUAAGCACGAGGAAAGUGAACUGCCAGAACCACAACCGUUACAAUAUCCCUCAGCUAAACGUCCAAUGACUUUUGAGCAACAAUCUUCGUCAAAAAUGAGUAUAUAUGACAAUAUGCUGGCUGGUUUGGAUGAACUGAACACAGAUCUAUAAACUAUAAAUAAAAGGAAAAGUAUUAUGUUAAAAAUAAAUCUCAGGGCUUCUAUAUCAUUAAAAGGCUGUUUGUUAUACUGUAAGUUCACGAUGUCGUUCUCGAUUUAAAGUGUGACAUAACGAAAUUGUCUGGAGAAACUGAGGGCGGGAAUCUGUGUAGAAUAAUUAAUUGUACUGGUGAUAACUUAUUUGACAAUCAAGCAAUAUACGUUGCAGUAUAGCCUAUGAGGAACAAGGGUGUUGCUUGUAUAAGGUUGAAAACGAGGAAAUCACAAAUCACACUGGUCGGAAAUAUUUUAGCUACUUGUUGUCCAGAGUCAUCUGAAACUAUAAUGGAUAAUGGAUUAAUCUGAGAAAUGGUUAUUUUUUUACGUGGGUUACUUAUAUAAGGUAGAAUAAGUUGGCCAGGACUUAAAUUGCUUAUUCUUAAUAUCCAUAAUGCUGAAUGGGGCCGUUUUAAAUACAGUGGUUAGAGAUCCUAAAGAGACGAGAUUUACCCCCCUUUUAAAAUCGAUCUGACAAUUUUUUAAAUAGAUCACAAUUUUAACUCGCCGAAUUAAGAAAGGGUAAGCAAUAAUUUAAGUUUGUAUAAAAGUGGAGGGGCGGGGGACUAAAGUGAUGUUCAUCUUUUUAGAGGCGUUCAUUGUGGUCGUGGGUGAUACGAAUAUGUACAUGCCUUUCUUGUGCAGAUAUAGAUAGGCCUGCUUAUAUCAAUAGUGCUAGUUGCUUCGAAUACUUCUCAGAGCAACAAUUUUGGCUGUUUGCGUACGCCCCAAUAAUUUAAAGAAUCGGCAAAAUGAUAUACAAAUAUAAUAUAUUGUUGUAUUUAUUAUGAAUGUUGUUAUAUUUGUUGUAAGCAAUUAAUUGUUUUAUUUAAUUAGUGGUUUAAUUAUUCCGUAAGUUAGCAAAUAUUAUUGUUUUUAUUUGUGAAAUAACAUGUUGACCAUUAUGUAAUAACACAAAUAAUUAUUAAAUGGCGGAGUUUUUCUUUUGUUUUUUAACUUUACUUGUUAAAUUGUAAAAAAAAGGAUUUUUGCACCUUUAUUUUCCACUCAUAACGGUUUAUUCUGUAUUUACUUUAAUUUUUAAUAACAUAAAUCCAAUAGUGUAUAUCUACUUCAGUUUGAACCACAAACAGUGUUCAAUAUCAACUCUUGCCAUUAUAUUUACUCAUUUAUAGACGUUUUAAAGUUUACUUAGAAUUUCCCAGACAGUCUGGGUUAGGAUAACGAAAAAAAGAGAGUAAAUAUGAUACUAUACAUAUAGAAACGAUAUUAUAUUAAAUGCAGGGUCUAUAUACAAAACAUCUUCCAAAUAACUUGAUUUCUCUCAAAUGUAAAUUUGCAUUCUUAAGUCAGUAUUUUUAUUUGAUUUUAACUGCUGAUUGGUUUGCGAGCACAACAUUAUUAUAUAAUAUUCUUCGUUAAAAUGUGUUAUAUAGACCUAAUAAAGUGUGUUAUAGGUGCCACAUUAGCUGUGUUUUUAAUUUUAAAAAAAAAAACCCAACUUAAUAGAAGACGAUUUAUACCCCGGUCUCGAGAAGAUGGUGCAUGGUAAUUUUUAUUAAAGAAAAUCUGUUAAUUAUUAUUGAUAUUUCUGAUAAGGAAUAUUGAAACUUGCCACCCUGUAUAAUAUAAUAUUUUACAGACCGCGAAGGUUUGUGAUCUCACGCUAAUACAAUGUACAUAUAUUAUAAAGUCAUACUAUUGUUAUUGCCUUGUCAAGUGAAACAUGUUGGCAGAUUAAUGUCAUGUUGUUAUGUGUAUUAGUAUACAACCUUUUAGUCCUUAUUUCAAUGAUUUGUCUCCUCUAAGCCUGGAUAAAUAAGGUGCUAUUAAAUCUAGUCUAGAUUAUCUUUAUUCAUGCAGUCUAUAAUAAGCUUCCAUUAUAUGGCCUAUAAAUGUAUAAUAUAGGAUAUGG